UCCUUGACUGCAGUGUCGCAGCAGGAGGAGGCGUCCGAUAAGACAGAUCCUGUACCUGGGAACCUGCUGGAGACCUGCCACUUCCAGAGCUUCUGGGCCAGUCUGGAGGAGAAUCGAGAUCUCAUUGAUGGAAUCACAGGGUUCGAGGACUCCGUGCGGAAAUUCAUCUGUCACGUCGUGGGAAUCACAUACCAGAACAUCGAGCACCGGCUGCUGGCUGAGAUGCUGGGAGAUCCUCUGGACACGCAGGUGAAGGUCUGGAUGAAUAAGUACGGCUGGACGGAGAAUGAAGAUGGACAGAUAUUCAUUCAUAGCCAGGAGGAGUGCGUCAAGCCCAAGAACAUCGUGGAGAAAAUUCACUUUGAGAGUGUGUCCAGCAUCAUGGCGACAUCACAGUGAACACACACACACCACAC